UCUCUUGGAGUUUCGGAGCCAAUCCGGGGUCGCGUUCUAUGGUGAUUUUGCAGCGUGUGGCAGCUUGGAAGCUGGUCGUUGUGUGGAGCUCGAGCUGUCGAGAGAGCUACAACUUCAGAGAUUGAGGCAACAGGUACCGUGUGUCCUCUUAGCCAUGAAGGGUCGCGAUGGAAGACGACGUUAUGAUUAGAGCAAAGCUCUUCCACAACAGAGUUCGUGAAUGUAUUAUCUGUGCACUACUGUUCACUGCUUUGUAUAUUCUCUCCUAUCUGGUAAUCACUCGAUUUAAGAAGAAUGCAGACUUUGCAGCAGACAAUAAUGAAGAUGCAACAGUCAAUCGUAUCACGUUAUGGAUGUGUACGUUCACCCUCGCAGUAUCUGCUGGGGCUGUCUUCCUUCUUCCGUUUUCAAUUAUUAGCAACGAGGUCUUGCUUUCAUUGCCGGAAAACUAUUAUAUGCAGUGGUUGAAUGGUUCACUUAUUCAUGGCCUAUGGAAUCUUGUUUUUCUCUUCUCCAACAUCUCUCUGGUGUUCCUGAUGCCUUUUGCGUAUUUCUUCACUGAAUCUGAGGGAUUUGCUGGCUCAAAAAAGGGAAUAAUGGCUCGAGUUUAUGAAACAUUUGUUGUCCUCUUUCUUCUGACCCUCCUGGUACUGGGGAUUGUGUGGGUGGCAUCUGCAAUCAUCAAUAAUGAUGCCGCUAGCAGAGAAUCUCUGUAUGAUCUGUGGGACUAUUACCUUCCAUACCUCUACUCCUGUAUUUCUCUAUUUGGAGUUCUGCUUCUCCUCUUGUGCACUCCUUUUGGCUUGUCCCGCAUGUUCACUGUCACUGGGCAACUACUUGUAAAACCCAGGCUUUUGGAGGAUCUGGAUGAACAACUCAAUUGUACACGAUUUGAGGAGGCUGCUGUGCUACAUAAGCUAAAUGGCAAGAUGUCAUCUUGCUGGGUGUUUUUCAGUGUGGAAUCCCUUAAGUAUCAUUUCCUGAAUAUCCAUGCCAGGAGGAUUAAGUUGGAAAUAAGGAGAAGAGCAUCGCCCUGGCAAAGGAACCUGGGAUACCCAUUGGUCAUGUUGCUGCUUCUGGCAUUAACAGGUAUCUCCGUGCUCCUGGUGGGAUUCCACGUUCUUGAAUUACUAAUUGAUGAAACCGCCAUGCCUAAAGGAAUGCAGGAUCCUCCUUUGGGGAAAGACUCUCUGUCUAUGUUUGGUUCACUUGGAGCAGCUGUGGAAGUUGUUCUCAUUUUUUACUUAAUGGUGUCUUCAGUUGUUGGAUUUUACAGUUCCCCGUUUUUCAUCAAACUUGCCCCCAGGAAGCAGGACACUACCAUGACUAAGAUAAUCGGGAACUGUGUAUCACUGCUUGUUCUGAGCUCAGCCCUGCCAGUAUUCUCCCGGACUCUUGGAAUCACAAAUUUUGACUUGUUGGGGAACUUUGGCAGUUUUAACUGGCUUGGAAAUUUUUACAUCAUCUUUCUCUACAACAUGCUUUUUGCUGGUCUCACAGCAAUGUGUCUGGUCAAAAAGUUCACCAAGGCUAUGCAAGCGGAACUUCUCCAUGCAUUUGGCUUGGACAGAUUGCCUCUUCCAGUCACUAGAUCUUGCACCUCUGCCAAGAUGGGUCCAGCAAGUAGCAAGGGACUUGUGUAACAUUGGUGGAUGGUUAUGUUUGAUGGGUCAGCCACAAAAGGGACUAUAUAAUAUUAAUACUAUACUGUGAAUGCUGCUAUCGCUUGGGUUUCGAAGUUCCAAGGCCUUCUCGUGACCCCAUGUUCAAGGAACAUGAACUUUUAAACUCAGGAUCAGGCAGUUCCUUUCAACAAAUCCAGGGCUCUUGGGGAUGCCUCCAACUUCUCUCUCCCACCAUAGAGAAUCAAACUUUGUUUACUUUGUGAAGCUGGAAUUAUCAUAAUGAGCGACACCUCACUAUGUAACUGUUAUGCAACUAUUAUGAGAUGGAAUUAAUCCAAAGAGGCAGAUUUUUCAAACAGUUACAUGUUUACAUUAUGUAUUCUGUGCAAUAUGCUUUUUUUAAAAAAUGUGAUUUUAGCCUGUCUUAUUUAAAGUGUUUUCCAUCCUUGGAUGUUGCCAGUGUCUUUUUCAAUUUACUGUUCAUCGAUUGGGAUUUUUUCCGUUUUAAACUGUUUUCAAAGUCGUGUCCGUCAAAAUGGCUACACUCUGAAGCAUUUCCUUGUCUGCCAGUAAUAGGGGAAACUGGGGUUUGGAGUGCUGAAAGCUGUUCAGAAUAAAGCUGAAACAUGUAUUUUCUAUAUGGAAACUCAUUUUCUAUAAAGUGACUAAGUUUGAAGAGUUUUGAUCAUCUUAAUUAUUGCAAGAUGCUAUUUAGGGAAAAUCCUCCAGGAUAUUUCUCUAGAUCAUGCUCUUUCCAGAAUCGUUUAAUGCAAGCAGUGGAGAGUACUGCUGGCUGAGUAAGCCUAGACUUGACCAUGCAUAGAAAAAAUUAGAACUCGUGAGAUUUACUAAUUUAACUGUCAGAGAAUAUUAAGUAGUAAAUGUGAGAUGUUGGUUGUUGAGAUUUGGACAGGAGAGAUGAGAUGGUUAUCAUUUUAUUACUUGUUUCAAUGGAAAAUUACUGGAGUGAUAAUCUGCACUGAUUACUGGCAAGAUUUUUUUGGUGUCAACUAAGCUGGCGUUUUGUCAGUGGAGUUGGUAAUGUUAGCAUUAAGAAUACCAAUGAAGCCAAACUUCUUGCCCCAUUGCUUGGUAAUGGUUUUUACAUCUUUAACCUUUUUUUUGUUCUGUUAAUGGAGGAAGUGUGUCAGGAGCUCCAAUUGCAUCUCUGUGCAAACAUUCAGGUUGCUUUCUGCUCGGCCCUCAGCCAGGAUUGAAUUGAACUGCAUUUCAUUUCUACUGGAUUUGAAUUGCACUGACUUGAGUUAUCUGCCAGCACUUCGGAUUGGAAAGGUAUCCGUACACAAGGUGUAGACUGAAUAAAUAAAUGAGCCAUCGACAAACUAUUUCCAUUUCCAACAUCAAAAACAAGAUGAUUAAUGCUUUCUAGUUAUGGUUUAUUAUAAAAUUACCCGUGUUAGUUUGGGCAUUUGGGUUGUUUUUCCAGUGCAAUCCAAUGUUUUUCUUUGUAAUAACUUGCAGUUACUAUUGUUAGUCAAUUUUUAGAAGUGGUUACCUUCUUUGAUGCAUUUCUGUCCACCAUAGCCUGCACUGCAUAACCAAUAGCUAGAAAGGUGCAUGUGGGUACCGGCUCUUGUGGUGACUGUGUGGCUCCCCCUGCAGUGCUUAUGUCUCCUAUUGAUGAAGAACUUCCUCAUGAUGGCAUCAAAAUUUAGAAACUGAAAACUUCUGUCAUUGCGAAAUGUCUGACAAAUAAGUCUAAUUACAUCCCUGCAUCUUGGUUGUUUGGUUUCUGCCCCCAGGUGUUGUAGAUAAAUCUGCUUUUCUGUUCCUGAUACUUCAAUUAGCAGAAAACAAUUUCAAAUGUUGUUCCUAAAAUAGUGCGGCAUAAAUAAUUGCAGUUUAAAAAUUAGGCUAGUUUGCAGCAGUGGUAAAUAAUUGUAAGAUAUAAUUUGUUUUGGGAUACUAUUUAGGUUUUAUUUGAUUAUAAGAAUUAAUUUAAGAUAUGCAAGCCUGUAAGAUUCAGGAGUGGUAAUUUCUGCAAAAGAACAGGCAUCAAUAGUGUGAAGCGCUUGUGCUGGGAGCCAAGCAUACCGAUAGAUGUCAGUACUUUUGGACAGAAAGCUGCAGGAAAACUUUUCAGUAGCUACUUGGGCAGAAUGUGUUUUUUUUUCUCAGCAUCCCAAUACCAACCAGGAUAAAGGUUGAUUGUUUAGAGUUUAGGAGAGGGGAGGACCAUGUCUGAUGGCUAUUUAAAGUUCUUGAAGUUGAACGUGAGUGAAGUCCUGUUCUGUUGAUGCUUGCUUAAAACAUCCUUUAUGGAGGGUAUCGGCCAUUUUGGCAGUUUGGGAUGACCCAAUGUUUAGCCUUACAGUCACUUUGCCUGAUUUUCUCUGGAGGUCUGUGUAGGUCUUCAUCAUUUGUUUGUGUUGAACUUCAUCGGACCAAUCAUGCGGAUUGUGAUGCUUCAAAUGAAUUUUUAUUUCUCAAAUGCAACAAAAUUCUUGCAGUGUUUAAAAAGGUAUGAUAGAAAGAAGCCCAGAUAGAUACAAGCUGGUUGUUGUGGGCUAGUGUUUAUGCCAACCCAAAUGGGUUGAAAAAGCUGAAUAGACAGUUUCCAUUCUGACCUUCAGCAUUAUGAAUGGCAGGAGGAGAAAGCUAAAAUGUGUACAGACUCUUAACUCCAAAGUAUGUGUGCCAAGUGUAUCAAAUAAGCAUCCUGGAAGAUUCAGGUUUUGAGAAUAUGGAUGAAUGAAGCUAAUAUAGAAUGCUUGUUAAAGUCUAAGAGUUAAUGAUCAAACCUCCAUUUGGGAGAAAGACUGGUUUGAUCCAUGAUACAAGUUCAGCACCAGCAAUUUAACAAAGAUGUUCCUUUGGCAAUUCCCAUCAUCAUCAAUGCUAAAUGUCCACCUUGAUGACUUUUAUUUUCAUUUGGAGUGGUGAAGGUAUUUCUUUCUAUUUAAGAUUUUUAAUUGGAUUCCAAAUUCAAAUACUCAUUCCUCCAGAGAGUUUUGACUUCAUGAUGGUUCUUGAUGAAGAAAUUUAUUUUACAACUGAAGCAUGACUUAUUGUGACUGAAAUGAAAAAUCAACUAUAAGAUGCUUGUGAUGGAGCUCAGUACUCUACUAAUGAGACUUGUGUCCUAAUGAGGACAUAAUGAGUACACAAUUGCAUCUUGAUCAUUCAGUCUUUGCCUCCAGGUUUUGUGGAUAAAUCUCUUUUUCUGUUCCUUACAGUUCAACUGUAAAUGUCCUUUGAAGCAAAGAACAGUUUUAUUUUGCACAUGCAUAUGACUUGAAACAGAUUGUUACUUUCAGACCCGGUGUAUGAUGUUCUGUGAUCUGCCCAACAUUCUGAACUGCCAGAACAAGGCAGCAAAGCUCGAACCCACCCUGAUGUGUGUAUAAAAACAAAUGCCGGGAUUUCUUCCUGUUUUAAAAUUAAGUUGCUGGAAUUGAAUUUUGUAACAAAUCCACCUCCUAAGUGUAUGUUUCUUUCAUUAAUAGAUUCCUGAUAAAUACUUUGCCAGUCAUAUAUUUGCCAACCUUGCAGCAUUGUUAGAGAGUCCAGUUCUUGCAAGUGCACUGAGCUUGUUAUGCUGCUAUAAAUUCCACUUGCAACUUUGAUUUGGGAUUUUUAAUUUUCAGAAUUGCCAUUUUAAAUUGAAACCAAUUUUGCUGAAAAAAAAUCAGCUUUUAAAAAUAUAUUGGCAGACAGUAAAUGUCUUUGAGAAGUAGAAUGGAAUUGGUUAUAGUGAAGUUGAUCUCUGGUUGCAAUGAACAAUGUUUGUCAUCUUUGGUGUACUCACUGCAUAUUACAUUUUUUUUCAUCAUAGUCAAAUUUUAAGUACAAUGGAAAUACAAUUUGGAGAGCGUAGUUUUCUUUUCCACACGAGUCUGUAAAUUAACUAUUACCGAGUGCCUUUUGCCAAUGUGUUUCUCAUUUCAUCACUUUAUGUAUGUAGUGCAAAUUCAUUCCCCAGAUGGAUUUCUAUUAAUAAACCAUGUAGAUUAGUUGGUCUGCUACCCUUGGUGGUAAGUAGGCUGCAAGCACAUUGUUUCUUAAACUGGUACCUCAAGGGCUACUUGGCUAUAGACAGACUGGUGCCCAUUGAACUGUACCCCAGCGUGAGUCAAUGCCUUAAGAAGAGGAAAAGAGAAUUUUGGGAUGAAAGAAGCAAUUUAUUUCAGUGAGCUUUGCUCCCUGUCAGAAUAUCUAUCUCUCUCUCUCAUCAAAGAUGGACAUUCCAAAUGUAAGGUUUACAUUUUAUUUUCAAAUCUCUGAGGAUUUUUGGGCUGAGUGAUGAAAGUCUUCAGUUACAGGGAAUAUCCUGAAUGCUGAAUUAGUUAAGGAAUCGCAAAUACUUGGGAGGUCUGGCAUUCCGAAUUCCCAGCAGCCUGAUCUCCUAACGUUGCUCUAUAUUGGAGGGAAAUGACUCUGAUUGUAUAAUCAUCACUCCUGUGACAAUGUCUUUUUACAAACUCCAUUGUUUGGUAAAUGUGUUGUGAUUUGAAAUUGUAAUGUAAUCUGUUUGUAUCUUUGUGUACAAUCUGUUAACGACAAUACAAGUAAAAUACA